AGAGAAAGAAAGUCAUGGGGACCCAUCCACCGCCCAUAAGCACGCAGUCUUUCUGCAAACAAAUCUAGUCUGGAUCUAACCCUAACCCAUCACUUCAUCUUCUUCCAAACACAACAGUUAAGACACCAAUCUUCAACCUCUCUCUAUUUUUUUUCUUCCCCUCCGCAACUUCAAUUUACAUACCCUUCACCAUUCAAUCCCCCACUGUGGCAGCUUCAAGUUAAAGUCAAUCACAACUUGGUAAGCUCGCCUGCACCAAUUUCAAUCUCCUAUUUUAUUCUCCUUCCGUGAUCAGUUUCAACUUUGAAGUUGUCACUGCUCACUACCCCACUUGGAUUCAUCAAAUUUACAAGAUCUUCAACAAGUCAGCAUCAAGCAAAGAGAAAGAGAGAAUCAGGAGACAGUACUCACUAUAUGACUCAUCACUGGUCAUACUCAUAUGCAAUAAUAAUCUGUGUUGUUUAAUUUCCUUUCACUUCCAUCACUUUUGCUUCUUUCAUCUACAUAUUGGAAUUGGCAAAUUCAUUUCUAUUUUCCAGCAUAUGCAAAUGAAGUACUAGACUUGAGAGUUGAGAUCAUAUCAUUAUAUCUAUAUUGACCGCCCACCGAUACACACUCGUGAAAACAAUCGGAAUGGAUCCAAACUCAGCACAUGCCCACUCUCUCCCCCCUCCUUUUCACACAAGGGAUCUGCACCUGCACCACCACCAGCAGCAACACCAAUUCCAAGCCACCGAGGACGAGCACAGCGGAAGCAACGGGGCGCAGAAAAGGGAGCGCGAAGAAAACAACGAAGGUGCAGGUGAGGCUGAGAUAACAAGAAGGCCUCGAGGAAGACCAGCGGGGUCCAAAAACAAGCCCAAGCCACCCAUUAUCAUCACCCGCGACAGCGCCAACGCCAUGAGAACCCACAUGAUGGAGGUGGCAGACGCGUGCGACAUCGUGGAAAGCGUGUCGGAGUUCGCAAGGAAGCGCCAGAGAGGGGUUUGCAUCUUGAGCGGCACCGGAACUGUCACCAACGUCACUCUCAGGCAACCGGCUUCUCCCGGUUCCGUCGUUACCCUCCACGGAAGGUUCGAGAUCUUGUCCCUCUCGGGGUCCUUCCUUCCGCCGCCGGCGCCACCGGCUGCUUCCGGUUUGACCAUUUACCUGGCCGGUGGGCAGGGCCAGGUGGUGGGAGGAAGCGUGGUUGGAACGCUGGUUGCUUCGGGGCCUGUGGUGAUCAUGGCUGCUUCGUUCAGCAACGCUGCUUACGAGAGGCUUCCUUUGGAGGAUGAAGACCCUUCUUUGCCAAUGCAAGGAGGUUCAAUUGGGUCACCCGGUGCAAGUGGUGUUGCUCAGUCACAGCUUAUGGGAGGAGAUAAUGCAACUGCUCCACUUUUCCAUGGUUUGCCUCCUAAUCUUCUCAAUUCCGUUCAAAUGCCUUCUGACCCGCCUUUCUGGGCUCAGAAUCGUUCACCUUUCUAAAGGGUCUGCUUGGAUAAACAACUUAAUUCCAUAAGUUCUCGUUAAAUGAGUGAGGACUUAUUGGUAUGCUUGAUUACAAAGCUUAUUCGAAUAAACUAAUAAGUUAUAUUUUAUUUUCAUUAGUUCAAAUAAAGUCUUCCUAUCAAUGUUACAUGAGUUCUACAGUGCUGUUAUAGUUUUCUGUUAGCUUCAUGAGUUCUACAGUGCUGUUAUAGUUUUCUGUUAGCUUUUGUGGUGGUGGUGGGAGGAUGGCAUGAGAAAUUCAUUGAGUUAGGGAUGUUGAAAGUAGGACUUCAGGCUUCGUGCUUCAUUAGAAUUUGUGUGUCAUUUUGAUUAUUAGGUGAUAUAUGUUCUCUUUUUCCUGGAUUCUGUAAUUAAACUGAUGAAUUUUUAUAUUUUUGGCGAGUUUGAUUC